AUGGGGGCUUCACAUUCCGUGAUUACGGUGCUUCAGUCACUCUUGCGACAGCAUGAAUUAAAAGUCUCUACAAAAACAUUGGAGGGGUUUGUGAAGGAGAUAGACCGCGUGGCACCCUGGUAUAUAUGCUCAGCGUCGCUAAUGCUCGCCUCCUGGGACAAACUGGAGGGUGACUUGAUUAGAGAACAGCAGAAUGGGAAAUUAAAGCCUGGGACUAGACCGCUGUGGAGGCUUGUGAGAUCGUGUUUACAGGACAAGAAAUGCUGCUCGACUAUAGCGGCAGGUCAGGGAGUGUUAGAGGAGUUACAAGACAGCGCGUCAGAAACAGAGCGGGAUAAAAGUUUGGGAGCUCACAAAGAAAGAAAAGGUAUACCUAAGAUGAAAGCCCCUUCCAAAGAUGCCCAGUCUGUGGAGGAGAAAGAUAAGGGAAAGAAUGCCCUGGGAGAGAAAUGUAAGGAGAACAAAGAUAAGAGAAAAGAUGCCCUGGGGGAGAAGCGUGAGGAGGGAGAAAGGAAGCUGGAAAGGAAAUUUCUUUAUCCGGUACAGGAACUGGAGGCUUUAGGGAUUAAUAGCUCUGAGUCAGAGGAACUAAGCCCCUCUAAGGAGGAAGACUUAGGUGAAGAGGCAGUCCGUUAUGAGGAGGAAAGUUACUAUCCAGAUGAGCAGCUGCUGCUACAAAAUCGAAAGCAAAAGAAAACAGGAAAUAAGAACCGCACAGCCUCUCAGCCUGUUGCACCCUCCCGACCUAUUGUCCCCAGUGCCCCUCCGCCUUAUGCGGAGAAGCGCUGCUCAGACUCUUUCCUUUCGAAGGGAGAUAAAAGAAAGUUAUUACAAGCCUUUCCGGUGUUUGAGAUUGCGGAGGGAGGUCACGUCCAUGCACCGGUAGAAUAUACCCCUAUUAAGGAACUUGCUGAAUCAGUUAACAGAUAUGGAGUUGAUGCUAAUUUCACAGUCAUGCAGCUUGAGAGACUUGCCACUAUGGCAAUGACUCCAAAUGAUUGGCAAAAUACAGUAAAAGCUGCUCUCCCUAAUAUGGGACAGUACAUGGAAUGGAAAACCUUAUGGCAUGAUGCUUCUCAAGUACAGGCAAGGGCCAAUGCCAAUGUGGAAGGCAAUCAAAGAGAGUGGACGUUUGAACUGUUAACAGGACAAGGACAGUUUGUUAAUGACCAAACAAAUUACGAUUCGGGAGCAUAUGGCCAAAUUUCAGCUGCUGCUAUUAAAACAUGGAAGGCCCUCUCAAAGAAAGGUGAGGCCGGGGGGCACCUAACAAAAAUUUUACAGGACCCCCAAGAGCCAUUCUCAGACUUUGUGGCUAGGAUGACAGAAACAGCAGGCAGGAUUUUUGGAGACCCAGAGCGAGUUAAACCACUGAUAGAACAACUGGUGUAUGAAAAUGCCUCACCAGAGUGCAAGGCAGUCAUUACCCCUAGAAGAAACAAAGGGUUGACAGACUGGAUAAAGGUUUGCCGAGGACUUGGAGGCCCGCUUACUAAUGCCGGCCUUGCAGCAGCUAUCUUACAAAGCCCAAACCGCCCAAGUCCUGGCAGCCGUAAAGUCUGCUAUAACUGUGGAAAACCGGGUCAUUUGAAAUGAGAAUGUCAUGCUUCCACGCAAAAAAGAACUCCAGGGCUUUGUACCAAAUGCAAAAAAGGUUAUCAUUGGGCUAAUGAGUGUCGUUCAGUUAGAGAUAUUCUAGGAAAGCUUAUUCAACAUGAUUCCCCACCAGUUGAAAGAGAUGAAGGUAUUCCAAAAAAUGGGUUUCCAGGCCCCAGAUCCCAGGGCCACAAAAAAUAUGGGACACGAGUCAACAACCGGAGGACACCUCUAGCCGCAGAGCUGCAAGAGGCUCCAAAGGACCGGACCUCCGUUCCACCUCCCAAUUCUUAUUAA